UCACACACUACCCUGAAAUCACCCGCACGAGCACAAACAUUAUUAGCGAGGAGCGAUUAUUAUACACAAGUUGGAUUGAUGAGCCCCUGGUGCUAAUUCCACUGGUGAAUUGAGGUGACCGAGACGCCAAGUCGACGCUCGUGGGAGAUGCUCCGGUGGCUUCUUCGACAAUUCUCGGUCUUGGAGAAAGGGACAAAGUUCCGAUGACAACUAUGACUUGGAGUUUAGAGAUACUUAUGAAACUGUGAUCAAAUAGGGACUGUAGGUCAAACACUUCUUUCAAGUAGAUUUUUUUCUGACGUGAAUGGAGUGAGGUGCCAGGGAUUCCUUCAAUGAUACUUUUUCAAUGCCAUUGGUUGGGAGGACCAGCUAAAAUCAUUUCUUGGAAGUCCGGAGUACAGCUGACGGACAGUCAUGCCAGCGAGUUCUACAGCAACUCUGAGCCCGCCGGCCAGCAACCCCUCAGCGGCCGGGCUCUGCUGGGAUAGCCCCGGCCCAGCAGCGGCGCUGGACCCGGACUCACCCGUCUUGUCCAACAGAUUGCCAGACUUGGAACGGAUGAAAAUAGUGAAUGGCAUUCAUAAACACAACGGGAUUCAUAAGCACCAGCUCUUGGCAAACACCCAGGUCACGGCGCCCUCAACGGUGCACCAGUCUUUCGUCCAAUCGCAGACGAGUAGUGCGCCCUCAAGCGGCCUGGAACUGCUGACGGGCGUGUCAGAGUGGUAUCGAUUGCACCGGCAAAAUGGUGCGGGAGGCAGUAGUCGGAGUCCUGCAGCUGGUUCUUCUAGUCUCCCAGGCAGAGAGGAUGAGUACUCGCAAAGAAGACUGCCGGGUCUUGAGUCAUUCUGCAGGCCGUGGUUGCGGGACAAUCACGCUGCUCAGAGUUCUUUCCCUACCCAGGAAAACGGCUGUGCUCUUCCGCAACAGCUCCCUACUACCGAGCCGCAAGGCUCGUCAAAUUAUCCUGGCAGUUGUCAAAUAGUGACGCAAAACUCGAUAGCUAAGAAUGAAACAGCAACAGCAUCUCCGAGAGAAAGUUCAACAUCGAAUGGCAUUCUCAAACAGUCGCUACCCACGACAACAGACUAUCAAACGCCUACAAGUUCGGCGUACGGCGAAUCACAUCAAUGGAAUGGGCAAACUGAGUCAACAGAGGGCGCAGCGGCACUCUCACAGUGCGGCAUCCAGUACCGUGCAAGCUCGAGUGAGGAGGAUACCUCGGACACAGAAACCGGCAAGAAAAGAAAACGGGAUGUCGCGAGGGACGUUGACCAACACGACGACCGUUGCUGGAAAGUGACCGACAUUCAGAUAGGCAGGCCCAUCAGCCUAGUGGUGAAAAUCAACAAAAAGGACCUGCGGAUCAGUCAAAGCCAAUAUCCAGGCACUCCCUGGAGCACGUUCAACAGCGCCCCCAUUAGCAAUACAUUCACCAGUAGUCAAAAUGGCGGUUCCUCAAACGGCGCCCUCAACGGAAGGGCCCUCACCAACGAUGCACCAAACAACAGAGCUUUUAUCAAGAGUGCCGUCGACAACAUUGCGUCCAUCAACAACACACUCAGUGCCUCAAAACCAUUUGGCAGAUCAGAGGUCCAUCCUGACAAUAAUAAUAUCUUUGAGAAGGUCGACCAGGUAAAUGUCAGUAAAGACACUGAGAACACAGUGGACACCGAAAUCUUUCACAACAGUCUUGGCGAGCGCAUUCAGCAUGAUAAGCGUUACAAUGGAUCGGUUGAGUUGGUUCACGUUUCGGAAUGCACACCAAGAACUUCGGAUACUGGAGUUACGGAGAGCGAACAACCGAACAGUGUACACGAUCACCGGCGGAACAAUGUGACAACGCACGGCGGCAUCGCCAGACAGAAUUCUGGCGGGAAUUCGGAGCUGAGCGGCCUGGCCAACAUGCCCACGGAACACCUGCCCCUGCGCAAGCGCCACAAGAGGGCCUCGAUCUCGCUAAGUCUUGCUGCCAACGAGGGUUCGGCUUGGGGAGGCCAUACGGCCGCGACAAAACCACCCGACCGUGUGAACUUUCCUCCUAACCGCGAUGGAUGUGAUGUAAAGGAACCGGCCAAGCAGAGGAGAAACUUUGCAUUGGAGGAACUUUGUAAAAACGAAGAAUCACAAAAGUUGACCUCAGUCCAAGUUGAAAACGGCAAGGUCAAUUUCAUAGGGGAGGGCACCACCAACGGUGAAAUCCCAUACGAUCGUAGACACGAUAUCUCAUCGAGCGAGAAGUCUGCUGAAAUAAUGACACCUGAGAAGAUCGCGCCAUCGGAAAGGGCGCCCUCUGCAGACCUCAGCGAGGAGACAAGCGAGUUGUCCCCCUUCACAGCCACACCGAGCAGCGGAUCGUUGCGUGGGACCCCUGACCUUUCAGCUAGUCUCGCGGACCAGCCGCAGUCUGUCCAGCCGGAGCAAUAUGAUCGUAACAUGGACACGAAGACGCCAAGAGAGGAGACACCUGAAACCCCACCUCCCAAUGGUGACAUGCUGAACACCAGCUGUUCUGUAAAGGAACCAGCUCGGACUAUCGGUAGCGCCCUCUUACGACCCAACGAUGCCCCGCCUCCUGCUCAUCAGUUUGCCCCACCCACCAACCUUUACCCCCACCAUCAUCAGCUGCCGUACCCGCUGCCGCCCUUUCCUCACCACCGGUUCACCUACGACCCAAGACUGUCCAUGAUGCCUCCUCCAACCCACACCACGAACUCCCUUCUGACACCAUACCCUUGCCACAGUGACGUACGAUCCCAACAUGGCGCCGCACGCCCCCAUCCAUCCCAAGAAGACAUCUGUCCACCUCUGCCGUACCAUCCACCACAUCCAGUAGGACAUCACUUCGAGAAUUAUCCCGUGAAUGGUUUACAUCCUCUCCCAUGCUACCCUUUCCUACCGCGGCCGUACGCCAAUCCAACCCUGCCGCCGUCGCAUCCCUUACAACCUACCGAUGGUCUGCUUCACCCAUUGACCUCCGCGCCUUGCCCUGUCCGCCUACAGACGACACACAUCUCAGCAGCACCGCACCCAUCUCCAUACACCCAGCCCAUCAACUCUGCCACGGUAGCACCUCAAACAACUCCGACAAACACCGAGACAACUCCGACAAGUCGCAGUGCAGUGAUGCAACCAUCGAUACCGCAAGGGGAAAACGGAACGACGAACUCGUCCACGUCCGCACAGCCGCCAGUGUCAACAAUCCAAGCCGAGACCCACUUCGCUCCUCUGAAGCGCGCCCCCGGUCGGUCCAGAAACAGCAACCACCUGUCGAGUGGGGUCGCCCUCGGCGAGACCUCUUUCCUUUGCGACGUAUGCAACAAGGUCUUCCCCUUGCAGCGGCUCCUGAAUCGACACAUGAAGUGCCACAGCGCCAACAAGCGGUACAACUGCGCUUUCUGCAGCAAGGGCUUCAACGAUACCUUUGACCUGAAGCGUCACGUGCGAACACACACGGGUGUCCGUCCCUACAAGUGCGAGUAUUGCAGCAAGGCCUUCACCCAGCGCUGCUCCCUAGAGUCCCAUCUCUCCAAGGUUCACCGUUCCCUCCACGACUACAACUUCAAGCAGCGCCGCUCUAAAGUCUUCGUCUGCGAGGAGUGCGGGGAGACCACGGAGCAAGCGGAGGAGCACUACGCGCACAUCCGGGACGUGCACCCCAACAGCACCGAGCUGCUCAAGUUUCAGGACAAGAUCCAGUUCCAGAAGCUACUACGCAGGUGCGAGGCCACCGCCUCGCCAACUUUCAGCGAAUCGUCGGCAGGGUCGGCUUCUGGCUCUUCGUCGCCGGUGGCGGCGCUCUCGGGGUCCACCACGCCCUCUACCGCUGGGCAUUUUGCCGAAACGAGUGGCGCACCAGCCUCAGUCGAGCACGGGAUUUCUCCUGGUAGUCGCGCUAAAUCGCAGUGACAGAUGUCCUUAUGAAUUGUCAUAAGGAAUGACGCCAUUGAUUUUCUAUUUUGGUUCUUGAACACUGAAUUCUCAAAACAUAAAUUUGAAGUUAAAGUUGAUGGUUAAUGGAUAAAUCUCGUGCCAGCUUUUGAGUCACUUUUACUAAACUGAAAAUUCUGUUAAACUCUAGCUUUCAAUAAUUUAAAUUAAGUACGAAGUGUCAUAAAAAUCUUUUGAAUCAGCAAAAGAGCGAAAUCUCUCGUCUUGUCUCCAUUCUGAAAUAAAUCUCUGGACAAUAAUAAAAAAAAAAGUGUAAUAUAUUUUUGAAAGUAACAAUCAGGACGAGUAGUAAUUCUCAGUGAACUGAAUAACGUGCCAAAUGCAUGGGUCGUCUUAAAGAAACUGAACACAUGAUGCUCACAAGUCUUGCUAAGAACCUAUUUACCGAUUCCACUCGAACGAACCGGUUCCAAUAGAUACACAUGCUUUAUCUGAAAUUAUAGUAUUGCCAAAUAUUUGUCACGCAAAGAGCUGUAUCAUAGUUAUUUUUAUAUUACAGUAAUAUAAUGAUUAGAGUUUGGUUGCUAUUACAUUAUGAUCCACCUGACUGCAUGUCAUUGAUUAUACCACAGGCACCAGACUAAUUGUACAGACUUAGAUCGAGCUUCGUUUUCGAUCACUAUACGCACUUGUAAUAAUACGCAUCACAUUACACUGCACAGAUAGACAGGUACAAGUUGAGUGGUGUUUUGACUUAUCCUCGUCUUGCAAUGCGCAUUUCUAGCAAAGUUUAUGAAAUAUCUGCCAAAAAACAAGGGAGAAAUUAUUUUUCUAACUGAAGCUGUGAAGAAUCGUCACAUUUGAAAUUGCAUUAAAAUAAAGGAAUUACGCACAAUACAUUUUGAAAUUGUUAAGACAUUUGCCUGUGCAAUCUGUUACAUUCAUGUAAGACAUUUUAUUUUUGGUCACUUUCUUUGUUUUGAAUGUAACUGGUAUUUAUGUGUUUUAUUCUUCCUCAGAUGUCGAUGCAUUGAGCUUUGAUUUGUAUCAUUUGCCGUCCAAAUUAAAGAUAUUUCUUUUUUUCAAUUGCGAAGCAUUUAGAUCCAAUUUGCUUUUAGUUUGAUCACAUAACUAGAAUUAUAUGCACGGAGUUUUAUGCAAAUUAUGGGAAUGUAUAGCCUACGGAAUUUAUGAUGAAAGAAGAACCUGACCGCAAACGAGACAAAAUUUAACCGAAAAAUACCCAUAGUAUGUCAAGAUAAUGAGAAAAAUGGAUUUGGCAGAUGAGAUGAUUUUAAUAUCGCUUUUGCUCCCUUAGAUGUAAAAUUAAUCAUAACUUCCAAAAAAUUCGAACACAGUUUUCUUUCUUUUCCUUUGUUUGUUGAAAUUCGAUUGCAUGUUUGAAAGAACAUAUUGUGUUGAUCUGAGGUUGUACUUGUAGAUUUUUAUAUAGUCUUUUAGAAGUUGACUUUUGUAUGGUUUUGUGCGGGAAUUUGUCAUUUUUUAAUUGUAUUGUCGUUUUGUACACAUAGUUGUAAAUGUCUUAAAGUCUUAAUUUCUUACUCUUCUGUAUGCAUGUUUUUCAUGAAUAAGCCUCUGUACUGAUGACGUCACACUUUGUUUACAUGUGCACUUUCCCAUGGAGCCAGUGGGGGCCCACGGUCCACUGAGCACCACAGGAAAGCACACACGUAAACAAAUUGUGACGUCAUCAGUACAGAGGCUUAAUACGAGUAACUUCAUGAUUAAAUCUUGGAACGAGUCAAAGACAAUAGCAAUCUUGACCAUGAGCAGAAACAAGAAUAACCAGCCUGUGUUCUCAUCCCGAUGUCAUAUGAUAUUUGGACUCAUAUGGAAAUCUGGUCUGUUUUACCUUAUAUGGACUCUGACCCUCGCACGUGACCCGUCACUGUCCUAAUAAGCCAGUUCGGUAUUCCAAAAUAGUCUGGUGCACAGCAAGAUUCGACGAUUUUUUUCCGGGAUAACCGCGGCAGAUAAAUGCACACAAGGCUAUGGGGGACGUGGUAAAUCUGCAUUCUGUGUAAUUUUCGUGCAAUCGAAAAGAGAUGGAAACUUUCGUUCCCAGAAAAAAAAGUUUUGGAUACACAAGACACCUAAAACACUUCGUUGUCCAAAUGUUGUUUGCACAAUGUUACUUCAGAACACGAUGAUCUCUUCAAGUUUGCUGGUACCCCGCUAUGCUUUUGCACGCAUACGAUGAAAUGUUUAUCCCGAAAGAAAAAUCGUCAAAUCUUGAUGUGCACAUGCGCAGUUGGAAUACCGAUCUGGCUUAUUAUUAUCUUCACUUAAAUAUGCGCAAUACCAACCAAUGGGUUCGUGUUUCAUAAGAGUCCACAUUCCUCACUACACCGGACCCAAUUCACAAAAGGCGUCAAAGUGAUUGUAAUGCCCUUUUAAUAUCACUAAUCUGUGUUUAUAAAUUUCUAAAAUGAAUUUCUGAAACGUGUUUCCUCUGCAGUAACAUACUUUUCUGUUGUCUUUUUACAUUAUAUAGAUGUACAUGUAUAAUAGCAGAUGUCUAUUAACCACAUGGGCAUCCCCCAUUUUGUCGAAAAGAAAAGAAAACAGGGCGCCAUCUACCGUUGGAUCCUUCUCACCUCCACACCACACGAUUACUUCAGAUUCGUAACUUUUGGAUGAACUUAAAAUGUUUGUGUUAUGACAUACUUAUUUUUGUGCAAUUUGUGUAUUUUGUGUAUUGCUCUAAAACCUUUGAAAUAUUGCGUCUCUGUUCACAGCUAAUUUUAAUUGGAAAUUUGUUUGAUUUAUUGCGUGUACACCUACGAAUAAAUUAUCCGUCCGAUAAAAUAAACACUUCUCUGCAAAUAUUUUA